AUGUCUAUCGAAACACCAGAGAGCCCCAGCCGUUCGCUAGUCGUUCGCAUUCCCCGCCCCUCGUCGACUUCGUCGACAGACUCGCCGCUAGCCUCGUCACCGUCGACGAGCAUCCUCACUUUCCCCAAUGCCUCGACCUCAUCCUCAUCCUCGUCGUCGGCCGGCACACCUCCAACAGCCACGCUUAGUGUGAAGUUCGCACCGCUGCCGGAUCUUUCGAAGCGCAAGAAGAAAUACCACCAUCCUCUCGGUGUGUCAGCACGAUCUGACAUCAUGCGGCGGCGGAGAGCCGCUGCGGAGGGCAACGAUUAUUCCUAUCGAGACAUGGCGAACAACAGCACCGAUCAGCAGCAGCAGCAGCCCUCAGCCCCAGCAUGGUCUGAGGAAGAUGCGAAAGUGGAAGAGAGAUACCGUGGUCGCCAUCGUUCGUCGCGGCGGAGGAACGUCAUGGGUGACGAAGAAGACGAAUUAUUGGAGGAUCCGUUGAUCACUCUUGGAAGGAUGGUGAAGGGGGCUAGCAAGUCCCUAUGGAGGAAAGUCGCUAACAAACGGGGGGACGCAGUUGGAGGUAGUGAGGGCGAUAGUGAGGGUGGGAAGGUCGCUGCUGAUGGAGAAGACAUACCAGCCGGCACGGUCGAUGAUCCUCUUCCAGCAGCACCAGAACUCAACGAGGCGACGACCACUGGGGCUCAGCGACCUCGCAAGCAGUCUUCAGCUUCCGCAAAGGGUCUCAGGGAUAGGAAGCAAUCCUCUGGAAGCGUUGUCGACAUUCGACUGCCCCCCCAUCCAGUUUCUCGAAAAGCCAGCCUCGACUCUUCGAUGUAA